ACUACACCUCGAUCUCCCGACUUCUUCUCUGUUUCUCGUCUUGUAAAUUCGUAAAGCAUUUUUACUCUUACGUGCCAAAAGAUAAAAGCAAAGCGAAACCCUUACUGUCAUCAUCAAACACCACCGAGAAUGAGGAAACCUCGGAAGAACGACGAGCUGCGGCCCGGCAGCAUGUUGACGACGAUACUCUCAUCAUCAAAGGCCUCGAAAACCACCUUCCUGUGCCUCCUCCUCUCUCUUUUGCACAACCUCGAAGCGCUGGUGCAACAAGCCUCUGCGACGCAAUUCGUCGAGACGGACGAAAAAGUCGAGGACUGGUGGUAUGACCAUUACGACAAGGGUCUCAUUUUGGACUACGACUCGCAUAUUAUCGUGAAAAAGCAGUGCCAGAAGGGACAAACAUACGACAUCGAUUGGAGCGGAACCGGGGCGAAAAUUUUUUUCCCAAUUUUUUUCGCGUUCUGCAUCGGGUUAGUUGUCGCGAUUUCGUUCAUUGACAAGCGGGAGACCAGCGAUGGGCGGGUUUUGAGUCGAAAGGACAUUCUGGCGGACGAAAAGUUGCAGUACUGUGAUUUGGAUUAAAUUUUGCAUUGCAUGAUCUACUUGUCGUUUUAAAUCGAGGAACUUUCACACGGUCAAGGUCGACGCCGUGGCUUUUCUUGCACCGAUAGUACAAUUUGAAUUUGUAUUUGACUUGCGACAUUUGAAUUAUCGUCUGACAACGUGGUUGUUCAAAUAGUACAAUACCGAUCCGCCAGCUGCAUCCAAAAAUACAAUCAAAAACAGCGCCACCGAGGUCCAGCCUUCUGCCGGCGACGCCACCGCGCGCAUCACCAGCACACGCAAGCGCGCCACCUACCACUCCGCGGUGGAGGAAAACAAGAAGACUUGGUUGGACAUAUGGAGUUCUCAAAUGUUACAUUCUCAAUUGUUACAUGAAUUUGCAAUGCAAGAACAGCAACAGUCCAAGGAGUAAGCUUGCUGCGUUGGCAUCACAGAUUUGGCACAGAGACAGAUUUGCAUCCUGUCUAGCCCUACUUCGGAGAUUUGUCAUGCGAAGGCGCUUGAUCAUCUGGCGGCUUAAGGUAGUUUUGCAUGGCAAAUCCAUGCAACAGUUCAGAGUGUAUGUGUAACGCUUGAGAAUCCCAUAGGACAAGGCGGAAGGGGAGUCCCAGUCCACGGAUGCGGCCGAAACCGGCUCGGACGAGAAUUCUACUACUGAUUCAUCUGCACCACUAAUCGCCGACGCCACCGCGCUCCAGAACAACUCCUUCAGCUUCGGGCUUGGUGCGCAAUUGGUGUCCACGAAGGAAAACAUGCGGGAAAUCGGCGCGACAAAUUUUGAAUCCAAGGGAGACGCGAAGGAGUUUUUGAAUACGGAUUUGUCCGCUCGGGGGAAUGGUAGUACAAGACAGUCGACUUCUUCUGUGGUGCGUACAAAAUCCGACUUGCGAGAAGGUGGAAAAGGGUCAACAACAACAGCCGCUGCAGAACAAGAUGAUGACGGUGACACGCUCGCGAAAAACCCGCUUCCCCUGCCGAUUUUCACGGAUCUCUACUGGGAGUUUGUGAACCGGCCGCAGAAGGAGCGGCUGUACUUUCUGGAUUUCGGAAGAACUCUCGCGAUCAUGUGUGUUGUGACCGAGCACGGGGGGUCAAGGGGGUACGCGGAGUGGAACGUAUUCGGGGCUUUGAAUUGGGUGCUGCCCUUUCUCUACCUCAUCUCCGGCUGGUGCUACGUUCUUUCCCACGCACCGUUGCUUUUCUACAUCCUCCGGCUCUCCGCAGUGUUCGCGAUUGGGGUGGGAGCCAAUUUCGUCGCGGACUGGAUCAACGACGGCUCGGAUGUGAAAUUCAGCCAGGGCCAAACCAUCUACCAGAUGACGUUCGUGCUCAUGUUGAUCAUGAACGUAUCAAGUGCAAAAAUGUCUGGGUCUGGAAACUUGUGAUGCUGGGUGGCGUAUCAUGAUGAGGCCACAAGUGCUGGCUCAGCAUGACAAGUUUCUGAGCUUCUAGGUGUUGCCUAUUCUGCAUGACAAACUGCGUUUCUGCAUGACAGAAAAAUGGAGCUCUUGGGUAACGUGCGUGACAGAUUCAAGAGUCAUGCCAGACAAGCAUGACAAACGUGCAUUCUUCCAGACCCAGACAUUUUUACACUUCAUAGAACGCCAUCCUGACCUACCCGGUCCGACGCAUGAUCCUGUGGCGCUACGCGCACCCCUUCGGCGUCACGAACGGAAAGAUGAUCGGUUUGACCGCGGUCUACGGGGCUAUUGCGUUGGCGACCACCGUGAUUUACAGCAGCGGGAUUCUUGAAGACGCGGACGUCGGGGGCGCAGACACGGUGAAAACGCUGACCACCCACGCGAUUGGCAUGGCAGAGUUCUUCGGGAUUCUGUUCCUGGUCGCGCUCGCCAUGUGUUUGGGAACGACGAGACAUCUCGCUUACAUUCUGAUCAUCUUCACGUGGGUGAUCCGCUGGUUUUUGCCGAUGGAUUUGAUCGGAUUCGUUCACUUGGUGAAGAUCUACGUGUACGGCAUGGUGAUGUGUAAGUUCCUGCCCUACCACAACGACUUCAUGAAAAACAUCCUUUUCCGCACCUACUGGCCAUUCACCUUCAUGUUCAUCGUCUUCCUCCAAAUGCUAUCCACAGUAAAUUUCCCGUACACGUACAAAUGCGGUGUCUGCAUGACAAAAGUGGGCCUCGAUCCUAGAUUAGCAUGACAAGUGUCACGCACCAAAUUGGUGGAAUUUGUGAUGCACUUUGUACAUGUACGGAAAAUUUGUAUUGCAUAAAUGCCGGACUACUACGGCCGGUGCGACCUCUACCCACGGUAUUCGGCGUUCGAGCGGGCGCGGUGGUACACAUCGGAAUUGCUGAUCGUCCUUUGGUUCUCCUCCGGCGCCAUGAACACGGCGGAUCCGUACAGACUACUACCCGUACUCGGUAACUGGGCCCUCUUCGCGUACGUGUUCCACGAAUUCUUCCACCGAACCAUCCCGAUCCCCUACGGCGCUUUCACGGUGUUGUGCUUGAUGUUUGUCUUCGUGUUCUUCGCAAAAGUGCCACUCUGCGGUGGCGGAAAGAAAUCCGCGAAAGGAGGUCGAAGGAAAUCAAAGGAAAAUGAUGAGCCGCCGAAGCCACUUAAUCUCACGAUUCCGCCGAAAGUUUCUAUCGGGGUGGUUGUGCAAGAUUUCACGGGAGAAAUCACCGCGAUCCAACCAGACGGCUGGGCGGCAAAAAAUGGACUGAAGGUCGGGGACUCGAUUCGGAAAAUCGAGGCCGGGGGCAGGACGAAAACUUUCAUGGACAACGUGCCGCUGGAGAUGUCGAAGGAGGUGGUGGCGAAAAGAGCAAUGCUGCACUACGAACGGCCGCUGCAGGUGACGGUUGCACCCUUGCCGGAAAAGCCGGCGAGAGGAGCGAAGAAGAGCGCUGGGGACGAGAAGGAUGUUGAGACUCCUCCAAGCGGAGAGGGUAGCGGUAGGGAUACGCAGCAAGUAGAGGAUGCAGCCCAACAAGUAGCAGGAGAUGAGCAAGCACCAGUCCUCAGGCUAGAAGCGGGACAGGAGAUCGAGAUGGCCGCAAAAGUGGAUGAUGUUAACGUCGACGUGGCAGAUCAGUAGGGGUGAGGGUGUUGGGUUGCAGCGUUGUUCGCUUCCCAAAUUUGAUCUUUGAACUUGUUAUGCAAGUGCGCAUCUAGUUCUACGAGCAUUAGCGUUAGCCUGCAGACGCAGGACAAGUAGAGCAAAUGCACUCUACAACAACUCUUGUGUCUCUACUCUCUUUGUUGAGUUAGAGUUUGACCCUUGUCCGCUGUCAUGGACGAUUUGACCUUUGGUUUUCUGAGUUUUGUCAACGCUUUGUCACCUCCUGUAGCUGUACUAAGCUUUUUUCAAUGUUUCAAUGAACUACAACCUGUACUAUCAUGUUAGUAGCACCCGAUGUAUUCUAUUCGAUUUCGAAGUUGUACCGGUUUCCACAACGCACCUGCACCAAAAAAAAACGCAUAAACUUUUUUCAAGCGGGGAAUGAACCUGUCAAGCAAGAACUGCGGACACAAACCAUGUAUGAUCAGACCCAGAGCUCCUUUCGAAUGAUUUGGAAGAACUUCAAGUUGCCGCCAAGACGCAACUUUCACGUCUCCUCCUCCAGGCAGCAGGCGAAAGUGGUGGAGAAGGAGGCCGUCCGCGGAGCGGGGGCGGUCGGGGAAAUCAGCUGAACGUGGUGACGAAGGAGUCUCUCCGCGGUGCGGGGGUGGUCGGGACCAAGAAAUCGGAGAAAAGGAACGACACGCAGUUUGAGGGGGUACACGGCGUGAAAGAAGCCAAACCGGCGACGAACCGGGGCCGAGAACGAACUGAGAAGCUGAGAGGCGUGACAAGGGAAACAGUUCAGGCGUGCAGUGGACUGACUAAACACUGACCACUACCACUGCACCAACCUGCGCCCCAUUCUGACUGACACUACUGAAUUGAAAUGCUGAAGAAGAGAAAAUGAUGAAUUUAGUAUGUAGAAUUUUGGCAGCCGAAGUAGGCACUAUGAAAAAACAAAGAACACAGGGGGGGGCAGUAUCCUGCUCCUCCGGGGUUGUGCGUGUCGAUCCUGUCUCACCUUUGAGUAGGGGGAGAUCCACAACUGGAGGGGUACAGCAGGGGCCCCAAGGCGCGCAAUGGGCUGCGCGCAAUGGGCUGCGCGCCUGUGACGGCCCACCCUGCUCCUCAGAGGCUGCGAUGCAGCGCCAAGAAACACAACUCGCCACACCAACGACAAGGCAACGCGGAAUGAAAGAAAAAGGUAUUGAAGAACACCCGGAUAGCGGUGCGCGCGGCAGCGCGCGCCAAAAAUCUACAACAUAGCCCAGACGUUCUGGUCUGAUGCAGAAGAAGGUCACGGAUUGGACCCCAAAUUGGUCCGACCAAUUUCAAACGGAAUCCGAAUUCCAUCCUUUUUUCAUCCGAGUCCAAUUCCUUAUUAGGGAAAUGGGAUUCGGAUGGAAAUCGGAUGGGAUUCGGAUGGAAUUCGGAUUCCGUUCGAAAUUGGUGUGGCCGCUCCAGGAAGCAACGGAUUUGGUU